CCACUAUUUUCGUCAUGGGUGCUCAUCCAUGUGUCUUGAUCCGUUCACACCUUUUCAGCCAUGAACUCUGACGAAACCAGGAGCAUGUCGGCAGCAACUUGGCUGGUUUGCAACCUGGUGGCAGUUGGUAGCAGAAGAAGAAGAAUAGAGAGGCGCUCUUCUCCAAGAAAUCCAUGUGCUCGCGUUGUUUAGGGCUCGGCGCUGGAAACCCACAGUCGAUUAAGUUCCGUCUUGCAAUUUCAGAGGUGUUGUUUCGAACUCAACUGUUAGGUUUUUGGAAGGGUGAGGAGGAGGGAGAGGUAUGGUAGCUUGAAAGAGCCUUCUUUUGUGGGUGUAGUGGAAGAUUUUUCGAAUCGCGUUAUAUCGAAAGAGGAGGGGAGCACGAUGGCCAGUGCGGAACAGUUGGUUCUGGAACUUAUUGUGCCUGAGCAGCGGGAGAAUGCACUCCUUGAUCUUUCCAAGAAAAGAGAAGCCUUUCCAGACCUGGCUCCAAUCCUCUGGCACUCAUGCGGCACCAUUGCAGCUCUUCUUCAGGAAAUUGUAUCCAUCUAUCCGAUGUUGUCUCCGCCCACACUGACUGCAGGUGCUUCCAAUCGAGUCUGCAACGCCCUGGCUCUGCUCCAGUGUGUAGCCUCACAUCCGGACACUCGUGCUCUUUUCCUCAACGCACACAUUCCUCUUUAUCUCUAUCCAUUUCUGAACACAGUAAGCAAGACAAGACCGUUCGAGUAUCUUCGACUUACGAGCCUAGGAGUCAUUGGUGCUCUUGUUAAGGUGGAUGACACUGAAGUUAUUAAUUUUCUACUCUCAACAGAGAUUAUUCCUCUGUGUCUACGAACUAUGGAAAUGGGGAGUGAACUUUCCAAGACCGUGGCGACAUUUAUAGUUCAGAAAAUUCUUCUAGAUGACGUUGGUCUUGCCUACAUUUGCGCUACUGCAGAACGAUUUUUCGCUGUAAGCGCAGUUCUUGCAAAUAUGGUUCAAAUGCUGGCUGAGCAACCUUCUGUUCGCCUCCUCAAGCAUAUCAUUCGAUGCUAUCUUCGACUUUCUGAUAAUCCGAGAGCGUGUGAAGCUUUGAAGAAUUGUCUCCCUGAACUUCUUCAAAACGGCACCUUCAAUAACUGUCUACGGGAUGAUUUAACAACUAGGAGGUGGCUUAACCAGCUGAUGAUGAAUGUGGGGCAGCAGAUGCAUCCACAGCGUGUGCCAUCAGGAAUGCAGGGUGCUGGAAUUCCCCUGGAGCAGCUUUUGUCUGGCCAGUAGUACUCCCUUGUAUCAUAUCAGAAGCAUAGAAGUCCAACUUUUUGACCAGCAAAUGGUAAACAUUCACAUAUCCUUUCACGUCGGGUUUUAUAUCCUCUGGCAUAUGGAUUACAGUGACGCUGCUGACUGCUACGCUCAUGCACAAUUAGUUGUGAUUGUAUCUGCAAGAGGGUAUAGUUCGACAUGACUUCUUAGCAAGUUAGGAAACCAUCCAGCCCCCAUUUGUCACAGGCUUAGCUGAGUGUGGCAUACAGAAUCUGCUGGAUAUGGUGAGUUAUGUUGUAUGGUAAAUAUUGAGAGGACAACACAGGCUCAUAAAACAUUGGCAUAGAAACCAUUUUGUACUUGUCACGUAAAUGCUGGCGAGCAAUUCCAUCGAAACCAGGAGAAUAGGUAGUGGAAUGCAGAUUAUCACUUGUAGUAUUUGACUGAUUGCAGACUUGUAGUGGAUGAUUGGCUGGCCAUGACGUGAAGUUUGAUUUUGUAUGGUCAUGUUUAAUGCAGGUCAGUUAUCUUUAUGACAUUCACUGUAA